AUGGGUUUUAAAGCUGCUGUAGCAUUAGGAAAUGGUCUAACUAAAGAUCGUUUUGUUCAAGCAUGUAUGAGAAUGAAAAAAUUAGGUUCUGGACAUUCAUUAACAUUUUGGAGUUCAUAUGAAGUUUAUCAACAAAUUAAAACAUUAAAAACAGUGUCUCUUAUGAACAAGCAAGAAAAUACUACAAAUGAAUUGAUCAAACUGAAUGAUAUUCUUCGUUGGGUUUAUGAAAAUACUCAACGAGCAACUUGGGAUGAUUUACAUCAUUGGGCUACACAAAGUUUAAGUUUUCAACGAAAUAUUUCUGUUUGUCGAUCUAUCAUCCCAUGCAAUGAUGAUCAACAAACAUAUACAGAUAUAUUUAUGGAAAAUUUAGCUAAAAAAUGUUCAGAAUCUGAUAUAAUUGAACUUAUAAAAAUUAGAGAUGCAGUAUUAAAACGAUUAUAUGAUUAUGGUGGAACAAAACAACGUCUAUCACAAUUAUUAGAUGAAGAACAACAAAGAGAAUUAGAACAAGAAUUAGAAGAGGAACGUUCACCACUUGUCAAAUCAUGUGAACUUAUUCUACAUAAAGAAAUUAAGCAAUUAUGGGAUAUGCUUAAUACUAUGAUAAAUUUAGCAGAUUUUCCGACUAUAUUUCGUCCUUUAACAUAUACUUUUAUGGAUACAAUAUUUGUCAAUAACUAUGCUAACUAUUUAAUCGGCUGCUUAAAUUCGCUUUAUCACAAAGAAAAAUCCAAACAACCAUCGACUACAAUCUUACGCCUUUUAUUACCAUGUACUAAACGAAUUCAAUCAAUUAUACUGAAUACUCCAAUACUUUCUGUACCUCCGUCGAUUGGACAUCAAAAUGGUGUCAUUCCUUUCUUAAUACCUCUCGAAUGGUUAGUUCAAUUAUUUAUUUUUAAUAGUACACUUUAUUUUGAAACAAUUGAUGAGCAGACAGCUUAUUGUCAAUGUUUAAGUUUAUGUCCGAAAGAAGAAGAAACAUUUCAAAAUGGUUGGAUUGCCAUCGAUGGUUUUGUCAGUAACUCUCAACAUCGUCAAUAUUUGCAAAUGCGUCAAGUUUGUUUUCAUGAUAAUUUUCUAACAUUUAUCAAACAAAUAAUUGAAAAUCGAAAUAAUACACAUGCAUCUAUAUCACCACAUGUUGGUAGUAUUAUUCUUAAUUCAUUAAAACUUAUUUAA